AAUUAGUGGGCGCGCAGCCUGGAUUUAGAUUGUCAACUGAACUGCAUUAAUUUCAGUGCUAUGAUCCCUUCCUAAAAUCAAAUUACGUAACACAACGCGCAGGUUGGUGAGCCUUUGAAUCCGUGUACUACUUCACCGCCCAAACCUUUAUCAUUUUCCUUGUGUCUGUCAAUGUGCGAGUCCACCAACCGAAUUUCGCGUCCCCGCGCAUGCGCACUUACAAAUCCCAUGGAUCUGCUUUAAAUCACUCAGAAGACCAGGCAGGCAGAGCGCUGCACAUCUACGCAUCCUUCCAUUUCUUAAAUUAGCCACCUUAAGCUUCGAGAUACCGCCCCCAAUUUCAGUGUCGGCACGGAGCCGCCAGGCCGGGACAGAGACGGAGAGAGAGCCCUCGGCCAUGGAAGCGCUCGGACCCGGCCCGCCUGCCCCUACCUCCCUCUUCCAACCACCACGCCGGCCCGGCUUGGGUACGGUGGGGAAGCCGAUUCGCCUGCUGGCCAAUCACUUCCAGGUGCAGAUCCCCAAGAUCGACGUCUACCAUUAUGACAUUGACAUCAAGCCUGAAAAGCGACCCCGCCGGGUCAACAGAGAGGUGGUGGACACAAUGGUGAGACAUUUUAAGAUGCAGAUCUUUGGGGACAGUCAGCCUGGUUAUGAUGGCAAGAGGAACAUGUAUACGGCACAUCCACUACCCAUCGGGAGAGACCGGGUGGAUCUGGAGGUGACAUUGCCAGGUGAGGGGAAGGAUCAGACCUUCAAGGUGUCUUUGCAGUGGGUGUCAGUGGUGAGUCUGCAGAUGCUCCUGGAAGCUCUGUCUGGUCAUUUGAACGAGGUCCCGGAGGAUUCUGUACAGGCUCUGGAUGUCAUCACUCGUCACCUGCCCUCCAUGCGGUACACUCCAGUAGGUCGUUCCUUCUUCUCACCACCAGAGGGGUAUUACCACCCACUGGGAGGAGGGAGGGAGGUUUGGUUCGGUUUCCAUCAGUCUGUCCGUCCAGCAAUGUGGAACAUGAUGCUCAACAUAGACGUGUCAGCUACAGCCUUCUACCGAGCCCAGCCUGUCAUUGAGUUCAUGUGUGAGGUUCUGGACAUCCAGAACAUCAAUGAGCAGACCAAGCCCCUCACAGAUUCACAACGUGUCAAGUUCACCAAGGAGAUCCGAGGACUGAAAGUGGAGGUCACACACUGCGGCCAGAUGAAGAGGAAGUACCGUGUGUGCAAUGUCACACGCCGCCCAGCCAGCCAUCAGACAUUUCCUUUGCAGCUCGAGAACGGACAAGCUAUGGAGUGCACCGUUGCCCAGUAUUUCAAACAAAAGUACAGCCUGCAGCUCAAAUACCCCCACUUGCCCUGCCUCCAGGUGGGGCAAGAACAGAAGCACACCUAUCUGCCCCUUGAGGUUUGUAACAUAGUGGCAGGACAGCGCUGUAUAAAGAAACUAACAGAUAACCAGACCUCAACCAUGAUAAAAGCUACGGCCCGCUCAGCCCCAGACAGACAGGAAGAGAUCAGCAGACUGGUCAAAAGCAACAACAUGGUGGGCGGGCCUGACCCUUACCUGAAAGAGUUUGGCAUUGUGGUUCACAAUGAUAUGACAGAGGUGACCGGGCGGGUCCUCCCAGCGCCCAUGCUUCAGUAUGGGGGCCGGGGACUCUCUCCCCAGAACAAAACUGUGGCCACACCCAAUCAGGGUGUCUGGGACAUGAGAGGAAAGCAGUUUUAUGCGGGUAUAGAGAUCAAGGUGUGGGCCGUAGCCUCGGAAGUGAAGCGUGUGGGAGAUACUCUGCUGGGAAUGGCCACUCAGUGCGUUCAGGUGAAGAAUGUGGUGAAGACGUCCCCUCAGACGCUGUCCAAUCUCUGUCUGAAGAUCAACGCCAAACUAGGAGGCAUCAACAAUGUGCUGGUGCCACAUCAAAGGAUGAGAGUGGCUUUGCUCGACAGUGUCUCUAAAGGUGGAUGA